CACAUAUAUAUGGAGAGAGCCUUCUCUCCCUUUGACUCAUAAAGCAUCUUUCGUUUCACUAUAUAAUUUGGCUUUGUUCCGCUCGCUCUCGCUUUCCGUACAGCAACACAGAAGAGAUAGUUCUGGGAGAUAAAACAGGGGAGUGGAGCCAUGACGACGAAUUCUACACUAGAGGAGAAAUCUGCGCAGGAGGUGGUGAGGUUUGGGAAGGAGAUGAGGGGGCAGUUUUUGUUUGCGGAGGGGUGGAGGAAUUUGAAUCACGGCUCCUUCGGCACCUACCCCAAAACCGUCCGCACCGCCUUGCACCACUACCAAUCCCUCGCCGAAGCCCGCCCCGACUCCUUCAUCCGCUACGACUACCCCAACCUCCUCGACGCCUCCCGCGCCGCCAUCGCCGCCCUCGUCCACGCCGCCGUCGAAGAAUGCGUCUUCGUCCCCAACGCCACCACGGGCGUCAACACGGUCCUCCGGAACCUCAUCUUCGAGCCGGGAGACUACAUCCUGUACACGUCGACCAUCUACGGUGCGUGCCACAAGACCAUCGAGUACAUUACCGAGACGACCCCCGCCGAAGCCGUAUGUGUGGAGUUUACAUUGCCGGUGGAGGAGGAGUGGUUCGUUGAGGCUUUUAGGGAGAAGAUUCAGGAGGUGGAGAAGAGAGGGGGGAGAGUGAAGGUGGCUAUCUUCGAUACCAUUGUUAGUAUGCCGGGGGUGAGGCUGCCGUUUGAGAAGUUGGCCCGGUUGUGCAGGGAGAUGGGCGUGUUGAGUCUGGUGGAUGGCGCUCAUGCUGUGGGGCAUACCCAGCUGGAUUUGGCGGAGUUGGAUGCGGAUUUCUUUGUUAGUAAUUGUCAUAAAUGGCUCCACGUCCCCCGCGGCUGCGCCCUCUUCCACGUCCCCACCCGCAACCACCACCUCCUCCGCUCCACCCUCCCCACCUCCCACGGCUUCAUCCCCAAGCCUCGUCGCGGCGUCACCAUCACCAACCCUUUACCCAGCGUCGGCACCAAAUCGGCUUACAUCACGAACUUCGAAUUCGUCGGCACCAUCGACAACAGCCCGUACUUGUGCGUCCCCGAUGCAAUCAAGUGGCGCGCUAGCAUUGGAGGAGAGGAAAAAAUCAUGAAGUACUGCCAGGACUUAGCCCGAAAGGCGGCGCACCGCGCGGCGGAGAUUCUCGGGACAGAGGUACUCGAUAAUUCCACUGGUUCGUUGACAAGGGGAUGCGCGCUGAGUAAUACGCGGCUUCCGCUCGAGUAUGCGGAGAUUGAAGCCGUGGGCGUGAAGGCCGGGGUGGCGAAGGAGGAUGUCGGGGUCCAGGUGAGGAAUUGGUUGAGCAGGGCCGUAAUUGAUGAGUAUGAUACGUUCAUGGCGUUGAUGUUUUAUGGCGGGGCGUGGUGGGUCAGGUGGAGCGGGCAGGUGUAUCUUGAGUUGGAGGAUUUUGAGUGGGGGGCUGAGAGGUUGAAGGAGUUGUGUGCGAGGGUGAGGGAGGGGGAGUUUGCGGUGGCGAAGAGUGCGUAGAUAUUCCGACGCUGGGGCUUCGGGAAGCAUGAUAGUUAGAUGAGUGUUGUUGUUGUUCCUUUGAGUCGAACGCGUACCUCGGAAAUAUCUCGUUUGAUCGGAAGAGUUAACGCUGUAUAUGGCAGAGUCCGUCUAUCUCUUGAGCCAACCAGCAAUCCGCCUCCCCUCCUUCUUCCUCGCCUUCUCCUCUUCCUCCCUCCUCAACCUAUCCUUUUCCAGGAGCCUAUACACCAUAUCUUGAUCCCUCUUCUCCAACUCACUUCUCGUCAUC